AUAGGGCGACCAGCGCUCAAUCGUAUGUCGUUUAUUUUUAUCUUCACCUGGUUCCGUACUGCCAUUAUGUAAAGUCGCAGGAAACCGAGAGUGUUUUGGUUUAUUUACGGUAAAAACAAACAUAAUUUGCCGACAUUCUUUGGAUAGCGGUUGCCAAAAUUGUGGAAUACCCGAGGAAAAUGGUGCACAGCUGAACUUGUGAGUAAGGUCGUACAACAACGAAUAUAUCAGUCUUUGGGCGUGGAGCGAUUCGACCCGUUGGAAUGCUCUUACACAUCCAACAUCAGCUGCCGGGAAAGCUCUCACCAUCGCUCGGUCAUGGGUCCUUGCUUCAGCAGCUUCGUUCGCUUAUCGCGAACAAGAGAGUGCUGGCUGGGGUCACCGAUCGGAAACCGGUUUUGAGCUGUGCAACUGUUUGUCCGUCCAAAUGUUACCAUCAGAACAGUGACGCAAAACGCUUGCUUGCUGGCCGUUCGAAUGCACCUUUCUACAAGUGCUUCUCUUCGUCACUCAAGAAGGAAGGAUUCCAAAUCAAGUCCGUGGAGGGAACGGAAAUCCUGCAGAAAGUGCUCGAGAAAAACAGGCAACUGCUGCAGGAGAAGAAGAAUGUUAUCAUCCAGGAUAUUCGGGAGCGCAAGGAGAAAGUCAAGGAACGGGUGGAGGAGGUUAUUGAGCGUGAAAACGUGAUGACGAUUCCCAAUCUGCUGUGCGUCGGUCGGAUUGUUUUGUCACCCUAUUUGGGUUACGUUAUUGUGCAAUCGGAAUUUUCUCUGGCAAUGGGAAUGCUGGUGGUGGCCGGACUGACGGAUCUGGCCGAUGGAUUUAUCGCGCGUAAUUGGCCCGGCCAAGCAAGUCGGUUGGGUUCGUUUCUGGAUCCGAUGGCGGACAAGAUCCUCGUUGGAUCGCUUGUCAUUUCCAUGAGUUGUGCCGAUUUGCUGCCGCUGUGGCUCUCCGGAAUGAUUCUGUUUCGUGAUGUGUUCCUGAUAGCAGCGGGUUUCGUUAUCCGUUAUAUUAGUCUACCUCAGCCGCGGACACUGUCACGAUAUUUCGACGUGACGCACGCCACUGCCCAGCUCGAGCCUACCUUCAUCAGCAAGGUGAACACUGCCGUACAGUUGGCCACGGUGGCCAUCACUCUGGGAGCACCGAUAUGGAGCUACGUGGAUCAUCCAUAUCUGCAUGGGCUCUGGUACUUGACGGGAGUGACCACAGCGGCAGCCGCUCUCAGCUACAUAAUUAACAAGGAUACGUACAAAAUUUUGAAAAAGCAGUCAAAAUAACGGCAGUUUUAUUCGAGACAAAGUCAAUAACCUUUUUAACCUUUGUUUUGGUCCGCAAGUUUAAAUCUUUCGUGUUGGUAAAUAGCCAAACAUUGUACAUAAAAUUAUUCCAUUAAAGUUUUUGUUUCGGCCAAAAAAAAAAUCCAUCGGAUUUCCUAAUCAUUGCAUAUCCACUGGCUUUGACUCUCUGUAUCGUUAGUUCAAUGUUUGUUUUCGUCGCAAUUUUUUUCGCUAAAUACGAUUGUUUUUCCGUGGCCUAUAUUAUCAGACGCGUUCGGACGCAAGACAACAAGUCAACAAUAUCACAUUCAGCGUUGCCAAUGUUCCAGUUUAAACUGGAACUGUAAACUGCGCAUACACAAGAUGUUCAAAUGCACAAGGUGGGUCGUUCGUUGUUCUACCAACACUCCUCCUCAACGAACAUUGCCAUCCUUUGACGACAAACCUAGAAUUCGUGCGAACUUCUGUUGUUUAACUGAACCCACCGGCUUAGUGAGUAUAUCAGCCACCAUAUCUUCACUGGGACAGUAUUGCAACUCCAUGCAACCAUCAUCACACAGCUGCUUCACGAAAUGUCCUAGCACCUCGAUGUGCUUGGACUGACGAUUCUUUCUUUCCGAACUGACGAACUGAAUACAGCUUUGAUUGUCCUCCAUCACCUUGACCGGAUCACUCAGUUGUUCGCCCAUAUUCUUCAGCAAGUUUCGAAGCCAAAUCAGUUCUUGACUUGCUUCACUCAGCGCCACAUAUUCGGAUUCCAUCGAAGACAGUGUGACGCAACUUUGUCUCCGACUUACCCACGAUACUGCCGCACCGGCAUAGUGGAAGACGAAACCAGUUGUAGAUUUCCUUGUAGCUGCAUCACCGGCCCAAUCGGCAUCCGAAUAGCCAAUUAAUUCUCCACCAGUGUCGCUAUACGUUAAUUUCCACUCUUUUGUCGAAUUCAGGUAACGUACAACUCGUUUAGCCGCCACCCAAUCCGACUCCGUUGGCGAAUUCACUUUCCGGCCCAAUAUCGCCACGCUGGCUGCUACAUCCGGUCUAGCACAUACGGAAAUGUACAGCAGCGCUCCAACGAGACUCCGAUAACCCGUCCCGUCUGUUAAUUGAGGACUCUUAUCUUCCGUGCUCGGGAAACCCUCUUCCAUUGGCGUCUUCGCUCGCUUCGCAUCGCGGAGUCCAAACUUUUCCGCAACACGAUCGAUAUAUCCUUGCACCGAAAUACUGUACUUCCUAUCUUCACUAUCGAUUUCUAGUCCCAGGAAGUAAUUGAGGUCUCCAAGAUUGGUGAUUUCGAAAUUUCGUUUCAGAACCGUGUACACCAUUUCAAUCUCCGCUUCAUCUUCGCAACCCACCAAAAUAUCGUCCACAUACACAAUUAAAUAUACACGUUUCCCAUGAACUAGCAUUGUGUAUAAACAUGGAUCAGCAUCACUUUGACUGAAUCCCAUAUCCAGAAGAACACCAUGCAAUCGUUGAUUCCAGCAUCUAGCGGACUGUUUGAGUCCGUAAAUGCUUUUUCUCAGACGGCAUACCAAAUUUUCCUUCCCUUUCAUCGAGUAUCCAGGUGGCUGCUUCAUGAAGAUUUCUUCGUUCAAAUCACCGUACAAGUAGGCCGUUUUGACAUCAAAAUGUUUCAACUUAAUUACCUUCUUGCUUGCAACGGCUAGAAGGACUCGUAGUGUGGUGUGGCUGGAUACUGGUGCGAAAAUCUCGUCAUAAUCCACUCCGUAUUUUUGGGAAUAUCCUUGAGCCACUAGACGAGCUUUAUAUUUGGUGAUAUCUCCAGCUGCGUUCCUCUUCAGCUUAUACACCCAGCGACAACCAACCGCUUUCCGCCCAGCAGGUAGGCUAACAAGCUCCCAUGUUCCAUUCUGUUCAUGAGAUUUCAGCUCGUCGAUCAUUGCAUUUUUCCAGCUUUCCUUCUGUUCACAAGUUACAGCUUCUUUGAAAAAACUUGGUUCAAUUAUCUCUGUAUUCAGGGGACACGCUGCGAAAAUUUCCUCAAUCAGCCUCACAGGAGCGACACCUUUCGUAGACCUCUUCGAACGCCGAGCUACUUCGUCUAAAGUAAAACCAUGAAACGAUUGGUUUCCUUCAGAAGCGCUGUCGUAAAACGAAUCACUCGGAUCACAGCCAUAUUCCGAAUCCAUCACUUCUUCUACGGACUCCGAAUUUCCUUCGGAUGAUGUUGAGGUAACACCAGUUUCAACGGUAGACUCAUUGCCUGGUAACGUCAGUGGUACUUCCAAAUCUCCUCCUGUUUCUUGGCCCUGGCCCUGAACAACCUCGUUCGCAUCGAACAGUUCGAGAAAUUUUGCAUCUCUACUGAUCGUUAUCAUAUCCGUUGCAGGGUUCAAGAAACGAUACGCUUUACGACCGUCUGCAUAGCCUACAAAUAUCAGCUUUCCAGCUUUAAGAUCCAGUUUGCGUCGUUUUUCUUUGGGAAUAUGCACGUACGCCUCUGAUCCAAAGACUCUUAGGUGACCAUAUGAAGGCUUCUUCCCAUUCCAGAGUUCGAACGGUGUCUUGCAUAUUGUAGAUGAAGGCAAACGAUUCUGCAAGUAGUUCGCAGUGCAAAUCGCUUCACCCCAGUACUUUUUGCUCAACCGUGACUCCGCAAGCAUACACCGCAGCAUCUCAACAACAGAGUGGUUCUUCCGUUCGGCCACGCCGUUUUGUUGUGGAGAAUAUGGUGCAGUUUGUUCGUGAAUUAUGCCACAGCCGGCGAAAAACUUUCUCAACGUGCCACCGAUGUACUCGCCACCACCGUCAGAACGAAUUUUCUUCGGAUAAUUCCCAAACUGAUUCUUCACUAGACUGCAAAAAACCCGAAUUUUCUCUUCCGCGUCCGAUUUUCGUCGCAACAAAUACAACACCGUAUAACGACUAUAAUCGUCUACUAGAACCAUGUAGAAUCGAUUACCACUAGGUGUUUCCUCUUCCAUCGGACCGCCCAAGUCACUAUGCAUCAAAUCUCCCACUGCUCUAGACUUUCUGUCCGACACUUUUGGGAACGAUUCCCGGAACAUUUUCCCCUCACAGCAUGGACCACACAUCGUUUGUAUCUCACAAGUUGCUAUUUUCAAACCAUAUCCCAGGUUUUCGCGCACUAUUUUGUCCACAGCUUGAACGUCACGAUGUCCGAAACGACGAUGCCACAAAUGACGACACAAGUUUGAAUGUUUCGGAUCCACUAGAAACGCAUUUUCUGGAGCUUGCUUCAAGUGGUACAAUCCCCCCUUACGCUGACCAACUAGAACUGUUUCCUCUCCUUUCAAGAUACGGCACUCCGUUUCUCCAAACAGCACCCGGAAACCUAAGUCUGUGAUUCUACUCACCGACAGCAAGUUGCCAGCGAGAGAUGGAACGUGUAACACAUUUUCCAGUCUCACAUUAACCUGGACUCCAUCACCAUUGAAUGAAGUCAAUUUUCCCGUACCACUUCCAGCUGAUUUGAUGGAUUUUCCAUCCGCCAAACAAACCGACGUGGCUUUGGUACUAUCCACAGCAUUCAACAACGACGCGUCACUCGUCAUAUGAGCCGUUGCACCAGAAUCUAAGUACCAAAAACCAGCACCUCUAGCUUCACCUGCCAGUAAGCACACUUCAACAUUAGCGCCUGAUUUUACAGCCAAACUCGCUUUCUGGCAAUCCGUCUUCUCUUUCUCACGUUUGUCCUUCGCCAAUUUACGGCAGUCCCGCCGAAAAUGUCCUUCCUUUUUGCAGUAAUGGCACAACUGUUCUUUCUUCAAAUUGUUCUUAUAUACACUCUUCAAUUUAGCGGUGUUUAUCACUAGUGCCUUUUCAUUGACAAUUCCACUGACACUUUCAGCACGACGUCGACCUUCGUCAAGCAGUUUCCCUUUCACAAAGUCCACUGUGAGGUCUGCAUCCGGUCGACUCUCCAAUGCAACGAUCAAACCGUCAUAUGAUUGGGGAAGACUGGACAACAUCAACGCGACGAACCAGUUGUCCCUCACUUCCUCCCCUAGCGCCACUAACCGGAGACGAAGAGUCACCAUCUCUUUCAAGUGUUCAGCCAUAUUACCAUUUUCCGCCAUUCUAAUGGUAAUCAAUUGACGCACAACGUGAAUUAUGCUGGACAACGAUGCGCGUUCGUGAUAGUCUUUCAGCGCAUCCCACAUCUCCUUUGCCGUUUGCUUCUCAAUCACGUGAAUUAGCUGCGUGUCCUCCAAUGCCAAACCGAUAACCGCCUGCGCUUUCUCAUCAUUUGAGAUCCAAGUCGCAUCCACGGCUUCUGGCUUCGGAUCAGUUACCACUUUCAGCAGCUUUUCCUUCGUUAAAAGCAAACGCAUCUUAAAUUUCCACACUGCGUAAUUUCCGUCGUUUAACUUUUCGACUAUUGCUUUUGUAUCUGCCAUCUUGUUUUUCACAAGUACACAAGGCUUACUUGCAAAGUCUUAAUGCGCUAUGCACACGGCUAAUACCGGUGAAAAAGUCCACAAUCACGUUUAAAAAUAACACCAAAACUUAUGCGCUUUCCACGACAACUGGGCCCAUAACCUGUUGGACUGAGGUUCCAGUGGAAUGAAAGGCCAAGUUUAAAUAAUUAAACGGAUGAAUUAUAGUUUUAUUAAUAACUAGAUGUGUUCACUGCGCGUUCUAAUUUUUGAAUGAACAUGAUUGUUCAAGCACACAGCAGAAGGCUGAUGGUGUGCUCUCGCUUUGCUAUGAUGCCACCGUGCGCAUACACAAGAUGUUCAAAUGCACAAGGUGGGUCGUUCGUUGUUCUACCAACAUCAUUUACAUCUGUUUUUACAUCAAAAACAACGUGAUAAUUGGAUUGUUUGGCAUCCAUCCAUAAAAUGCGGAAAGUCAAGGCAUGGUUUUAUUGAAUAGUGACUUCAGAUUCUGGACUGGUCAACUUGUUAGUAGAUGCAGCUUACAAGCAGUAUGAGAGAUUUGAAGAGCUUAAACGAGCAGUAUCUUCUGCGUAGAACGAAAUACACACUACAACAUGGCGCAACUUAGUCAAAACCACCCUGAAUGGAUUAUUUGAACUGAUUGAGAACUAGAAUGACUCACGAACUAGAAACUUAUUGUAAUUCAUGUGAAAUUGACGUUGAUGUGUAAAUGAGUGAAUUUAUUUUUCAUCAGAUUCUAUAGUUAUGAAACACUGGAAUUUUAGUUUUUAGAAUGUUUCGCGCCUGAACACAACAGUAAAGUUAAAAUGGCCAGUCUUUUAAAUGAAGAUAGUUAUUAUAUCCUAUCACUAUAUACUUCAAUUCAUCCUAGUUCUUACUUAUCUCUGGAAACUCACGAAAAUGAGUGGUGCUCUAGUUGUGAAACGCGGUGUAGAAUCGCUAGCAGACUUUGAUUUAGAUGCAAUUGUGAAUCAUUUUGCUUCAGCUAAAGCACGCAAGGCAAAGAUUUGACUAGGCAAUAAACGAAGCAAUGAUAUUUCUGGAUUUCUGAAUACGAAUAAACUGCUCAAAGUGAGCAUUGGUAUAUGUGAGUAGUUUUCUCAAAGUAUCACAUUCUCAAAGUUCCUGCCAAUUCAAUUCAGUUCUUUGAUUUAGAGAGGCUUUAAACUUUGCAGUUCAUUCGCCUCUAGGGUCGACAAUGUUUUAUAUGUACCUAGACUUAAAUUAUUAGCAUAAGUUAGUAUUAGUCUGUAGGAGUUCAUCGAAGACUGAACACAAAUAAAUAAAUUUUGUACUUAGGUGCCAA